ACAAAGUUUUGCCUCUAAAUCCAUGAUAAACACCGCAUGGCUAUGGAGUGCUUCAAAAACUGCUGCAAGAAUUUCAUGAGGAAGAAGGAGAAGGAGCAGGAGAUUCAAGUGAAGUUGCCACCUGCCAAGGCAGCAGCCACAGCGAGAGGGCCAGAUGAUGGGAGGAGCGGCGUCUCAGAAGACUACCUCUUGUCCAAACUCCCGCCAGAUGGGAGAGAGGUGCCUUUUGUCCUGCCGACCUUCAAGCCCUCUUACAUCCAGCCCAGAGGCUCCCGCUACCCAAACUUACAGUCCGGGCUGCAGAGUUCAGCCAGGACCACAUAUGCAGAGAGGAAGGCCGAACUGCUGGGAACCAGUCACAUUGUCUACAAUCCUGAGUCCAGCUUCCAUCAGAGUCAGAUGGCUGAAUAUUUUUCCCCUGGCUCGGCCCGUCGGGACACACUGAAGAACAGGAACUCCAGUCCCCAGGGCCCAGGUUUGGAUCUGAAGCCGGGGAGGCAGAGACUGAGCAGCUCCAUGUUCGACCUGUCCAGCCCCCAGGGCCACAUGGAGCGCUUCAACUCCGUGUCCAGCGUCCAGAGCAGCACGUCCUCCACGAUGGGCUCCAUUGAAAGCAGCCUCGAGUCCAUCACCCUGUCCGGAGACGAGCGCGAGCUGGGGAAGGUGUGUGUGCGGCUCAGCUACCAGGAGGCUCUGGAGCAGGUGUGGAUCACCCUGGUCCAGUGCUCAGACCUGAACCUCCCUCCGGACAGCGGGGAACCGCAAAAGAUUGGAUUUAAAGGGAUCAUCACCAUGCCCAAGCCGAUAGAGUUCAAGAGCUCGAUCAAAGAGUGCGGCCAGGAUGCUGUCUUCAUGGAGACCUUUGUGUUUGCGCUGCGUCUCCAGCAGUUGCGCUGCAGUGCCUUGGUGCUGCGGCUGCAGACGCACAAUCCCAGGAAACGCACCGUGGCUCAGUGUGUCGUCAGCCUGCGACAGCUCGGCCCUCAGGAGACGGAGCACUGGCUUGACCUCAGCCCGCCGUCCAAAAGCUCCGCGUGCCACUCUGAGCUGCAUGUAGCCACGUGCUUUCAGCCGGUUAAUGGACGCAUCCAACUUCAGGUGCUUGCAGCCCAAAAUCUCCCAGCAUCCUCCUCACCCCUCACCCAGGCGUUUUUCGUCAAGGCGGAGAUGCACCAGGUCGGGCGAGUGGUGAUGAAGAAGAAGACGCGAGCACUGAAGGCCUCGGGCGGCCAGUGUCAGUGGACGGAGACCUUCCACUUCCACCUGGCCGCUCUGGACCACGCCUGCACGCUGUCAAUCAAACUGUGCGCUCGCAGCUCUGUGAGGAGGAAGCAGGUCCUCGGGCAGGUCCACCUGGGAUUCGACAGUCCCGUCCCGGAGGCUGUGGAGCAGUGGAACGACACGAUGGCCCACCCUGAGAAAGUGGUGGCAGCGUGGCACAGACUUAGCCCAUCCUAAAUGAACUCCCUCCCCCACACAC